GGUCCACUCAGCUUGUUUUGGAGAGCCCGGGUAAUCUCUCCGUCGCGCCACGGUUGCCGUCUCCUUUACCUUAGGCGGCGGCUUCUGCUUCUUGAAAUUUCUCCCGGCCGCUUAAGAUAAUCGGGAAUGGAAUUGAAUCCCGAGCGGAGUGGAAUCAAAGUAGUGAACUUUCCUUCCCCAUUGAAUCGUGAAGCAAAGCACUGACCCCAUUUGCCGCCAUUGGUGCGUCGGCGGCGGAAGUAGAAGCUGUGCCAUUUUUGCUUGAGGUUCUGCUUUCCUGGGCUCUGGUUCUUCUCUCCCGACGGUGUCUCAGAUGGGCACUGAUUGAAACUUGAUAAAGCUUGCAUCUUUCACCGGAAGCCCAAAAGGUUAGAAUCCUUGUUCGACAUGGAUUUUCUGAAGCUGCUCUGGGUUAAUGGGUAGCUUCAAUACUUUUUCAUGGUUUAUGAAUCAACUUGUGAAGCUGCCAGUAGUUUGCUUGGUGUGCUUUAUCCAAAGAAGGGAACUAACCUUUGAUUGAAAUGCAGAAGAGGGAGAGGGAAAGAGAGCUCUGGUGAACCUAGCUAAAUGGGUGUUGGAAAUAAUAACCCUAAGGAGAUUGCCAUUAGACGAAGCAUCUCCAGCAUAUUUAAUAAGCGAGAAGAGGAUUUCCCAUCUCUGACAGAGUACAAUGAUUACUUGGAAGAAGUGGAAGAUAUGAUUACUAUCUUAGUGUCAGACAGGGACGCCCAAGCUAGUGAAGCUAUUAAAGCAAGAAUCGAAGAAUACAAGAAAGAGAACGCGGAGCAAAUAAUGCUUAAUCAAGCACGGAAGGCUGAAGAAUAUGCUAAAGCUCUUCAAGCAUGCAAGGGGAUUCCACCGCAAACAGAUACUGAUCUGAACUCCCAAGCAAUGCUCGGGGUAGAGACGACAGGGCAGUACGCGCCAAUAAUGGCUACUGGGCAGCCACUACCAAUGGGCCAACCAGGCUCAAUCAGGGGCGGCGACGAUCAAGAGAUGAUGAGGCUGCGAGCAGAAAGAGGGAGCAGAGCUGGCGGGUGGACUUUCGAGCUUAGCAAGAAGAGGUCGCUCGAGGAAGCCUUCACCACCAUUUGGAUUUAGCUUCUCCUUUUGACUAGCCUUUUUCUUUUCUUUUGAGUUAGUGCCAUCUUCCACUAGGGCUGCCAGCUUGUUCAUCUGUGAAAUGGAGGGGAUUUUGAUCUGCUUUGGUGAAUAGCUUAUGAUUAUGAAUGUUGAUAUCGUUGGAGUCUGCCAAAGCUUCUUUCCUGAAGUUGCGACUUGUGUUAUCCAAGCUUAUACCUCGUCUCACUGCCGGUAUUGGCAAAGAAGCAUAGUGUGAAAAUUUAUUUUUUCUUCUUCUUUAUCACAAUUCACAAGAAUGGCAUCUAUAUCGUGCCACAACUGUUAUUUAGAACGAAACGUGUUAUCGUUAUUGAUAAAGUUAAGCUCUCAAACAAACUUAAGGACUGCAA